CAAAGAGAGCAGGUUCAUUGUUAUAGCUUCAGUAUUUUAAUAUCUUACAUGGAUCAUGAUAAUGGUAAUCUCACUGGAGGCAGCAGCAGUACUAUGGUCGACAAUAUAUCCGAAGGUGAUCAGUUCGGAGUACCAAUUUACCGAGGAGUUCGACAAAGGAAAUGGGGAAAAUGGGUAUCAGAAACUCGAGUACCCGGAGAGAAAUCACGAAUUUGGUUAGGAAGUUUCCCGACACCGGAAAUGGCAGCGAUUGCUUAUGAUGUGGCCUCGUUGCAGCUUAAAGGUCAUGCAGCUCAACUUAACUUUCCUGAGUUAAUGAGUAGUUUACCUCGUCCGGGUAGUUCCAAGGCUGAGGAUAUUCUAUCAGCCGCUCAUGCAGCUGCUUCAAGGCUUAUGGGUGAUCCAAAUACAAAAGCAAGUAGUCGUGAUCAUGGUGGUCGUGGUCGUGGUAGCGCGAGUCACUCAGUUCCGGAAACGGUUCGGCUCUCACCGAGUCAAAUUCAAGCAAUAAACGAGGCACCACUGGACUCGCCAACAAUGAGGUGCAAUUUUAACGAUAACCAACUAACCGAGUCGUCUUUUAGUUGGACUCAUGAUGUUAAUAUGAUCAGUGAUUGGGAAGAUAUUGAACAUGAAUCUCUUUGGGGCUAAGAGCUAACUAGCUGGAGGACGAUGAUUCACUACUAAUGGUAAUGGGAAUAUAUUACACUAUUAUUUUUUUCCUGACAAAUAUAUGGGCUCGGUUGGCCCACAACUAUAGGGUAUAUUAUGAAGCUCAAGUAUAUUUUCUCUUUUCAUAUAUAUAUAUAUAUUUUGAAGCAUUUUCAUUUCUUUUUGUACUCCGAAUGGGAGGUACAAGUACAAAAUGAGAAAUUUCGCAUUAUUUUUUAUUUAUUUUCCUAGGAUCAAAGGCGAAAUCAUCAUAACCUAAUUUGGACGUACUUUUCACGGUCCUUUUCUUUAGCCCAAUCUGGCUUAUUCAUUGUGUAAUGUAAUGGGAAUAAAAUAAUUCCUCAUAUUUUGAUUGUUAAUAAUAAUAUUGGAUUUUCCAAAA